AUGUCCUAUAAACAAACAACAUAUUAUCCUAGCAGGGGUAAUCUGGUAAGAAACGACUCAUCUCCGUACACUAAUACUAUUUCCUCAGAAACCAACAAUAGCAGUACAAGCGUAUUGAGUCUUCAAGGCGCAUCUAACGUGAGUUUAGGGACCACUGGUAACCAAUUGUACAUGGGCGACUUGGAUCCUACAUGGGAUAAGAAUACCGUUAGGCAAAUUUGGGCAUCUCUGGGAGAAGCGAAUAUUAAUGUCCGGAUGAUGUGGAAUAAUACGCUUAAUAAUGGGUCGAGAUCAUCAAUGGGUCCAAAGAAUAAUCAAGGAUAUUGCUUUGUUGAUUUUCCCUCAUCUACUCAUGCAGCAAAUGCACUUUUAAAGAAUGGUAUGCUUAUACCCAAUUUUCCAAAUAAAAAAUUGAAAUUAAACUGGGCUACAUCCUCAUAUUCAAACAGCAACAAUUCUCUUAACAACGUGAAGAGUGGUAACAACUGUUCUAUAUUUGUUGGAGACUUAGCACCAAAUGUUACAGAGUCUCAAUUAUUUGAACUUUUCAUUAACAGAUAUGCUUCUACUUCUCAUGCCAAAAUUGUGCACGACCAGGUUACCGGGAUGUCUAAGGGCUACGGUUUUGUAAAGUUUACCAAUUCUGAUGAACAACAGUUAGCUCUGUCAGAAAUGCAAGGCGUAUUUUUAAAUGGUAGAGCCAUAAAAGUAGGACCCACAUCUGGUCAGCAGCAGCAUGUCAGCGGUAACAACGAUUACAACCGUAGUUCUUCGUCACUAAACAACGAAAAUGUAGACUCGAGAUUUCUUUCCAAGGGUCAAUCAUUUUUAAGCAAUGGAAAUAAUAACAUGGGCUUUAAGAGAAACCAUAUGUCUCAAUUCAUUUAUCCAGUCCAACAGCAGCCGUCUUUAAACCACUUCACUGAUCCGAAUAACACCACUGUGUUUAUCGGAGGAUUGUCAUCACUGGUGACUGAAGACGAAUUACGUGCUUAUUUCCAACCUUUUGGCACGAUAGUCUAUGUCAAAAUUCCGGUAGGCAAAUGUUGCGGGUUUGUCCAGUAUGUUGAUCGGCUAUCGGCUGAGGCUGCCAUUGCUGGGAUGCAAGGGUUCCCCAUUGCAAAUUCAAGAGUUAGACUGUCUUGGGGCAGGUCUGCUAAGCAAACAGCGUUGCUUCAGCAAGCCAUGUUAAGUAACUCUUUACAGGUUCAACAACAGCAACCAGGUUUACAGCAACCUAACUACGGAUACAUUCCAUCCAGUACGUGUGAAGCACCUGUUCUGCCAGAUAAUAAUGUUUCAUCCACGAUGCUUCCUGGAUGUCAAAUUCUGAAUUAUUCUAAUCCAUACGCUAAUGCGAAUGGAUUAGGCUCGAACAAUUUCAGUUUCUACAGUAAUAAUAAUGCUACAAAUACGCAAGCUACUAGUUUACUGGCUGACACUAGCUCUAUGGACCUCUCAGGCACGGGUGGCCAACAAGUUAUCAUGCAAGGAAGCGAAGCGGUUGUUAACAGCACUAAUGCAAUGUUAAACCGUUUGGAACAAGGCAGUAAUGGUUUUAUGUUUGCUUGA